GCAAUUGUUGUAAAGUAAAUUAUUGAAAAAUGGAUUUCGUAGAGACAAACAUUGAAAAUAAAACAAUACCCGAUAGUCAUAUAUCAGGAAUAUUAAGUAUUUCUUCUCAAUUGAGACAACUAAAAUGUGGCAUCUGCAACUUAGGCAAUGAAAGAGAAGAAUUGAUAGGAACGUGUCAAUGCAAAGGAAAAGAGAUGAAGCAUAAAUCCUGUUUUAAAGAAUGGUUAGAGACUCACGACAUUAAUUCGUGCGAAAAAUGUAAGACUCCUUACUCCAUCAUCCGCACUCCAACGACUUUUAAAGACUGGUAUGGAAACAAAAGAUACGAAGACAACAUAAACAAUAUUAAGAAGGACAUCAUUUUAUUACUUUUUUUGAUUUCUUUGAUACUAAUUACUAACGUUCUUUGUAUCGAAACAAUUGUCUUUCGGAAGAAUCGAUUUUCUUCGAUUUAUCUAAUUAUCUUGCCUAUAUUUCUGAAUAUCGCUUACAUCUACCAUUUAUUCAUGACAAUGAGAUAUCAUUGGUUAAAAUAUAAAACCUGGAAGGAAACUCACUGGACGAUUAAGUUUCUAGAACCUUUCAUAUCAGGAAAUCAAGAAGAUCUGCAAUAUGAUUCAACUUUUCAGUCAAAUGAUACCAACGUCGUAAAAGUUACGGUGAUUCCGGUCGAAGAUAAUCAGGAGAAUUUUUAUCGAAUUAUCAUUCAAGAAGGUGAAGAAACUACUGAUAUAUAUCGCGUUUAUUACGAAAGAAACUUUACAGAUAAUUCGGCUCGAUAGGAGUAUCUUGAAAAAAUUGGUGCGCUAUUUUUAUGAAAUAAA